GACAUGGUUGGGCGCUCAAGCAUGGAAGAUCGACCGAGGGUCAAACGUAGGCUCGGAAGCCAUUCGCUUGGGGUACAUGUAUGGUCAAGAGUUGCGAUCAAAGGAAGGUCAAUGGUUCACGCUGUUGAAGGUCCUGCGUGACAGAUUGGAGGGCAGGAGUAAUCGUCCUAUCCGGAAGGCAACCACGCUCUUCACUACAGCACGCGCUCUCGCUGAGCACAUGUCUCAGUUUAGAUGUCUCGCUAAGGCCCUGAUUCAGGGGAUGAAGCCAGACCUAGUGGAGCAAGCCAGCUUCCUUGCACCACUGCACUACGAUGAGCACGUUCAGUCAAACCCUGUGGAACAAUGCUACGUAGGUCGUUAUGGCAAACUCGACUUGCCAUUGCAGGUACAAACACAGCUGCAGAAGUGGUCUGGGUUAGAUGUUCACACGGUGGUCACGUCCCGAGGCCUCAAAUGUUUCGUAAAUCCUCCGGUGGGUGUUGUAUCGACUCGCCGUACCACGCUUGUACGAAGCGGGGGCGUUUGGUACUUUGUAGAGUAUAAUCGCGAGAUUGGUCUGAGUAAGAAGAAGUUUCGCUUACCACUCAAUGCGAACUUGGUUGUCAGUUUCUUCGGUGAUGUACCAACGCCGUCGCAACCUUACAUUCCUGCGGAAUCCCAGCCUCAAGAGCGUCCAAUUCCGGGUGCACCUCCUUCGUUCGCUGAUGCCCGAAAGGUCCACGAGUGUCUGAAUAGUAUUGACACCCUGGAUUUGACUUUGAUCCGAGACGGUGUGCAACAUCGGGUGUUCUUGCUCACUGCCAUUGAUACGGCAACAUCGUUUGCUCGCGUGUUCUAUCUGUCCUCCGGUGACGCUGCGGCCGCCGUGCAGUCUCUCAAGCGGGGGUGGAUAGACAGUUACGGCGCACCCGAGUACAUCUAUGCAGAUCCUGAUACCAUUUUCCGUUCUGAGACUUUUGCUGCAUUCCUUACCAGGCACGCCAUUGUUGAGAGACUGUCGGCAGCCCAAGCCCCGUUUCAGCACGGUCAAAUCGAGCGUCUACACCGCACGAUCCGGCAACAGGCUCAAAGGGUUUUUGAAAGUGAGCCAAGUUGUAGCGCGUACGAAGCCGCAGUAGAGGUAGUACAGGCCAGAAACGAGUUGAUGCGAGUUGAAGGCGUGUCGCCGGCAGUGCUCGUGUUUGGAAAGCUUCCGAAAGCACCGCCCACGUUCGCUGAAGGAGAUGAAGAUUUCCGACUUUUAGCCGAGCGGUUGCAAGGUAGUGAUCCAUUGUACGAAGUUAUGAUGCUCAGGCGAGUGGCCGCUCGCACGGCGUGGGUACAAUCCGAGGUCAGAGAUCGCCGGCACGGAGUUUGGUUGGGACCGGGCGAAGUCAUUGCUGUAGAAAGUACGAAUGAUCGUUUGGCGGAAUGGGUCAUGCAGAAGCUUCAAGAGGAGAAGGCCAUGUUCAGAGCAGCCAAGGCUGCGGAAUGGUCGCAAUGGGUAGGCAAAGGCACGAUUAGUCAUCAGAGGCUUCAGGGAUCCCGAUUUAGGUUUGAGGAGGCAAUGUCUAAGCUGGUAGCGCGACUUCCGUUUGGAGAACGUAAGUAUGCAGACAUGGAAGUUUUGGCCGGUCAGGAGGUUCGAGCUGUUUUAGCUGACUACUCGAGUUGCAAGAUAGACAGGGCGGUGUGGUCAAGCUAUGCGUCAGAGUUGCAAGCUGCGACUAUCUCGACUGAUGCUUCCAUCAAUCUGAUGUUGCUUUACGAGCAAGUGUUUUACGGUCUGAAAGCAAGACAAGUCAAGGAGAAGCUCACCAAGGGUAGCGCGGUGCGGGCUCUUGUUACCGAUAAUAAUGGCUUGUACGAUUCCAUUCAGACCGAGAAACCGUCCACAAGGCAAGGAGUGAAGAUGCAGUCCCUUGUGCACCAGAUUCUCUACGACCUAGUAGUUGACUAUGGGUUUCAGACUUUCUGGGUGAAUGGGUCCCAUAUGUUAGCAGACGGACUGACGAAGCUUAGUUCCUCUGGUGCACAAGUUGAUGCAAUUCGCACGGUACUCGAAGACUCACUCAUUCGAAUCACGUACUGUGAAGUUUCUGGACGGAAGGAGCAACAUGAAGUACGGCGUUUACGGCCUGUGGAACCGGCAAACAAAGAGCUGGAGUCGUCAAUAGACGUUUAG